AUGAAGCAAGUUGGCAAGCUGAAUGAACUCAAAAAUGAAACCUGGGAAUAUUCCUCCUCUGUGAUGUCUUUUGUUAAUGGUCAGUUCCUGGGUGAUGCAUUGGGUCUACAGAAAUGGGCCCACGAGGUGUGGGAUAUAGUUGACAUUAAACCCUCUGCACUUUAUGAUGCACUCACUGAGGAUUUUUCCACAAAAUUCUUAAGAGAUACCAAGCAUGAUUUUGUGUUUUUGGACAUUUGUGUUGAUUCUUCUCCAAUUGGAAGAUUGAUUUUUGAGCUAUACUGUGAUGUAUGUCCCAAAACAUGUAAGAAUUUUCAGGUCUUGUGCACAGGAAAAGCAGGGUUUUCUCAACGUGGCAUAAGACUACAUUACAAAGAUUCCAUUUUUCAUCGAAUAGUACGGAAUGGCUGGAUACAAGGAGGGGAUAUAGUGUAUGGAAAAGGAGAUAAUGGAGAGUCGAUUUAUGGACCAACAUUUGAAGAGCUUUAUGGAAGCUUGAAGAGAAGUGAAAAGAGGCAGAAGGAAAGCAGAGGGGUUGGGAAGAUCGAGAAAUACUGAGAUGAAAACUUUUCAGUUCCUCAUAAUAAAAGAGGAGUACUUGGAAUGGCCAACAAAGGCCGUCACAGCAACGGGUCACAAUUCUAUAUCACACUGCAAGCAACUCCUUAUCUAGAUAGAAAAUUUGUGGCUUUUGGGCAAUUGGUUGAAGGAACAGAAGUGCUUAAACAACUAGAAUUAGUUCCAACAGAGAAUGAAAGACCAAUACAUAUGUGUAGAAUUACUGACAGUGGAGAUCCUUAUGCUUGAUUUUCAUAUCAAUAUUUUCUGUGAUAAUUUAUUACUGUGUAUCUGAUCAGCUGUUUGUAGAUUUAAUUAAACAGUACUUGAUAAAUUGUAA